UUCGCUAUUGUCUUUUAGCCGCCUUUUUUUCUUCACUAUCGCUUUGCGUCUCUGUUUUUACAAAGUUUCAAUCGCAUCUCCUUAUUCAUUCAUUCAUUGAUUCAAAUUCGAUUCAAUCCUUGUUUAUCCAAUCCAUUCAGAUCAUUGUUUCAAUUCUCUUUGUUCAUCCAAUGGAACCAAAAAAAGAGCAAACCAAUGCCCCCAGAAAGAUGAGAUUUGCACCCAAAGCUCCUCCCCGCAAAGCACCAAAGCUUGAGGUUAAAACUGAAGUGGUCGAAGACAUUGAUGCUGUUCAAGCCAGGGAUUUGCUUCAGCGUUUAAAUCAAACAUCUGCAAGGACAAAGCCUAAGGUUGAAAAGAAAGUUUCGUCUUCACAAGUUGCAUUCGGUUUCGGAGGAGGAGCUUCGAUAAAAACAUUCGGUACUUCCAAAGGUGCAAAUCAUAGUAGCGGAGAAACUUUCGGCGGUGGCGUUCAUGGAUCGCGAUUGAGAGUGGAGAAAGAAUACAAAGAACCAUGGGAUUAUUACAGUUACUAUCCUCUAACCCUUCCUAUGAGGAGACCGUACUCCGGAAGUCCAGAGUUUCUCGACGAAGAGGAGUUUGCCGCGCAAAAUGUAGCUUACGGUGAAAAUUCGAUUGAGCCUGCAGUCGGUCUUGGCUUAAUGGAGGAGAACUUGGAACCAAUGAUGUUAUUUCUUCAGUUACCACCGACUUUGCCGAUUAUAAAGGCCGGGCACGAGGGUGCUAGCAGCUCCGGUUCAUCCAGGACUGUACGUUCGGCAAAGAAGACGUGCGGGUUAACCGAGUUACCUGCAGGUCUCAUGGGAAAAAUGCUAGUGUAUAAAAGCGGUGCCGUCAAGUUGAAGUUAGGGGAUACCAUUUAUGAUGUAAAUCCGGGUUUGAGUUGUGUGUUUGCACAGGAUGUUGUAGCUGUUGAUACUGCAAAGAAGCAAUGUUGUGUUGUUGGGGAAGUUAACAAGCAUGUUGUUGUAACACCAGAUUUGGAUUCAGUUUUAAAUAGUUUGAGUGAACUCUGAUGGGUUCAAUUUUUUCGGGUUUUUCGGAUUUUCGAUGUUAGUUCUACACAAUACAGAGGGAAAACAAAUGAUGUGAAAGCCAAAUUUAGUUGAUUUAUUUAAGGAUUUGCAGAUGAAACUUGAAACA